AUGGAUGACAUCAGGCCCAAAGCCACUGAACAUGAGGCGGCAUCCACGUGGACACUGAAGUCCCCCAGGACAAUAACCCUAGGAAGCCACAGUGCCCAAUCGGCGACAGCUGCCAGGAGCUGUGACCGGCUGUCUAUUGGUGCACCAGGCGACCGCCCUGUGUUUGUGGCUGGUGGAUACGUGCCAAAUCUGGGGGUGCGACCAUCACCUACCCAGGAGGACGCUGUGAAUACAUGCCAGGUCCAUCCCUUGAGCUCCGAGAUAAACUCUGAGCGUUGCGGUCUUACUAUUGAUGGACCUGGCAUUGAUCAACACCAACGACGAAGCAGAGUGAUCCCUGAGCCCACAGCCUUCACCUUUGGGGAUAGGUCGGAGAGACGCAGGAGCCCAUCACAGAUGUCGCAUGUAGCUGGGCUCACAUGUGCUGAGCACUUCUACACAAGCGUGGGACGCAGCAAAUGUGGGAAUGUUAGGUGGUUCCGGCAGAUCGGCUCGGCUACCUUUGGAAACAAAAGUAUGUGGGUGAGUGUGGGGUUGGGCCUCGCCCUCCUCCUCUUCCUCUUCCUCAUCUUUGCCUGCCUUCUCUCCCCGGUGCCUGCAGUCUGCGAGAGCCUGGACAUCCGCAUGGACGUCUCCCAGCUGCAGAAGCUGGAGAACUGCACCGUCAUCGAGGGCAACCUGCAGAUCCUCCUGAUGUUCACCACCAGCAGCGAGCACUUCCGGCGCCUGCGCUUCCCCCGCCUGGUCAUGAUCACGGAGUACCUGCUGCUCUUCCGGGUCUACGGGCUGGAGAGCCUGCGCGACCUCUUCCCCAACCUCUCCGUCAUCCGCGGGACCAGCCUCUUCUUCAACUACGCCCUGGUCAUCUUCGAGAUGCCCCACCUGCGCGACAUCGGCCUCCACAGCCUGACCAAUGUCCUGAACGGCUCCGUGCGCAUCGAGCGCAACCAGGAGCUCUGCCACAUCUCCACCAUCGACUGGGGGCUGCUGCAGCCCCACUCCCUGGAGCAGAACAUCAUCUUGCACAACAAGCCUGUGGAGGAGUGCGCCGACGUCUGCCCAGGGAUCCUGGACGUGGAGAAGACCUGCAUCCAGACCCAGACGAGCACCGGCGGCCGGAUGGAGUACCGCUGUUGGACCUCCAGCAACUGCCAAAAAGUGUGCCAAUGCAGAGGAGGGUCCGCCUGCACCAGCGCUGGGGAGUGCUGCCACCCAGAGUGCCUGGGCAGCUGCAGCCGUCCGUGGGACAACCAGGCCUGCGUCGCCUGCCGCCACUUCUACUUCAACGGCCUCUGCCUGCUCUCCUGCCCGGACCUCACCUACCAGUACGAAGGGUGGCGCUGCGUGACAGCCGAGCACUGUGCCAGCCUGCGCAAGGUGUCCGAGAACCCCCGGGAGUCCUCCAAGUUCGUCAUCCACCAGAAGCAGUGCCUGUCCGAGUGCCCCUCCGGCUACCAGAGGAACGAGAGCAGCAUCAUCUGCCACCCGUGCGAGGGCCUGUGCCCAAAGGAGUGCAAGGUGGGCACCAAGACCGUGGACUCCACCCGGGCGGCGAAGGACCUCUCUGGCUGCACGCUGAUCGAGGGCAACCUGAUAAUCAACAUCCGCCGGGGGGAGAACCUGCCGUCUGAGCUGCAGCGCAGCCUGGGGCUGAUUGAGACCAUCACCGGCUUCCUGAAGAUCAAGCACUCCUUCGCCCUCAUCUCCUUGUCCUUCUUCAAGAACCUGAAGCUCAUCCGGGGGGACUCCAUGGUGGACGGGAAUUACACUCUGUACGUUCUGGACAAUCCAAACCUCCAGCAGCUGUGGGACUGGAGCCACCACGCCCUCUCCAUCCCCGUGGGCAAGAUGUACUUUGCCUUCAACCCAAAGCUCUGCCUCUCAGAGAUCUACCGCAUGGAAGAGAUCACGGGCACCAAGGGCAGGCAGAACAAAGCGGAGAUCAACCCCCGGACCAACGGCGACCGAGCGUCCUGCAAAACCCAACCCCUGCGUUUUGUGUCCAACAACACCUACCUCGACUGGACCGCGAUCAUCCUCUCUCGGGCGGGAGCUGCACCUCAGCCCCGAAAGUAUCGAGACCUCCUGAGCUUCAUCGUCUACUACAAGGAAUCGCCCUUCCAGAACGUGACAGAAUACGUGGGCCAGGAUGCCUGCGGGGCCAACAGUUGGAACGUGGUGGACGUGGACCUCCCGCUGAACAAUGACCAAGAGCCAGGCGUGGUUCUCCAGAAUCCCCGCCCAAUUGGACCCAGUAAUGCCAUUUUUGUAAGGGCCAUCACCCUCAAAUUUCACGGUUGAGAGGGGCGAACUACGGGCCCAGAGCGUAGGUGGUUACAUACCGCACUCAUGCCUCGCAGGCCCCCUCCAGAUGUCCUCUCUCCAUCCUCGGCCAGCUCCGCCACCGUCCUGCGGUGGAAGCCGCCCACCCAGCCCAACGGCAACCUCACAUACUACCUGGUUUUGUGGCAGCAGCUGGCGGAGGACUCUGAGUUGUACAGCAACGACUAUUGCCACAAGGGCCUCCGGCUGCCCACCAGCAGCGCUGACACUCGCUUCGACAUGGACGACAGCGAGGGCCCCAAGGGCUCCGAGGAGGAAGAGUGCUGCCCUUGCCACAGCCCUGUGGGGCAGCCCCCCCUGGGGCCAGAGUCCUUCCAGAAGAGGUUUGAGAACUUCCUCCACAACUCCAUCCUCUUGCCCAGGCCGCCCUGGAAAGUGACCUCUGUGAACAAGAUCUCCUACAGGAUGCCACGGAGGCGGAGGGAGACCUUGGUGCUGACAACCACACUUGGUCCCCUCUUUGCCAACACGUCCUCUUCAGAGACCCUGGGGCAGGUGGCCAAUGUGAACCGCGUGGCGACCGACUCAAAAGCUGAGACGGAGUUCCGCAUCUUUGAAGAUAAAGUGGUUCGCGAUCGGGCCGUCAUUGCUCGGCUGCGCCAUUUCACCGAAUACCGCAUUGACAUCCAUCACGCCUUCGCAACCACGCCUAUAGACCGGGCAGACAACAUCCCCGGCAACAUGACCUGGGAACCGGCCAGCAAGAACGGCGUCAACCUGCGGUGGGAGGAGCCCAGGAACCCCAACGGCCUCAUCCUGAAGUAUGAGAUCAAGUACAGUCGGGAGAAUGAGAAAGUGAUGGCCGUGGUGUGCGUUUCCCGCCACCGCUAUUCACACUUCGGAGGCUUCCACCUUGCUCUGCUCCAGCCGGGGAACUAUUCUGCCAAAGUUCGAGCUACUUCUUUGGCGGGGAACGGCUCAUGGACCAGACUCAUCAAGUUUUACAUUCCUGGGCAAGUAGAGGAAGAGGAGCCCGGCAACUUCCACGUGCUGCUGACCCUCAUGCCCGUCCUGCUGAUGGUGGCCAUCGUCUCCCUGGCCGUCUUUGUCUUCUUAUACAACAAGAAGAGGAGCAAUGAUGGAUACCCCACCGGCACACUUUAUGCGUCAGUCAACCCUGAAUAUUUCAGCACCUCAAACAUGUACAUUCCGGACGAGUGGGAGGUGCCGCGGGAGAAGAUCACGGUGCUGCGGGAGCUGGGCCAGGGCUCCUUUGGGAUGGUCUACGAAGGGAUCGCCAAGGACCUGGAGCAGGAGGGCCAAGAGACCAGAGUCGCUCUGAAGACGGUCAACGAGACGGCCACCCGCCGGGAGAGCAUCGAGUUCCUCAACGAGGCCUCUGUGAUGAAGGCCUUCAGGUGCCACCACGUGGUCCGACUCCUCGGUGUGGUAUCCCAAGGGCAGCCCGCUCUGGUCAUUAUGGAACUGAUGACGCGAGGAGACCUGAAGAGCUACCUCCGCUCACUCAGGCCAGAUGCAGAGAAUAACCCCGGCCUGCCUCCCCCCUCGCUGAAGGACAUGAUCCAGAUGGCUGGCGAAAUUGCUGACGGCAUGGCCUACCUGAACGCCAAGAAGUUUGUCCACCGGGACCUGGCUGCCCGCAACUGCAUGGUGUCCGAGGACUUCACCGUGAAGAUUGGAGAUUUUGGGAUGACCAGAGACAUCUACGAGACAGACUAUUACCGCAAAGGGGGGAAAGGUUUGCUGCCCGUCCGCUGGAUGUCCCCGGAGUCCCUGAAGGACGGCAUCUUCAACACGCAGUCAGACAUCUGGUCGUUCGGGGUGGUGCUGUGGGAGAUCGCGACGCUGGCGGAGCAGCCGUACCAGGGCAUGUCCAACGAGCAAGUGCUGCGCUUCGUCAUGGACAACGGGGUGCUGGAAAAGCCCGAGAACUGUCCGGAGAAGCUCCACGGCCUGAUGAGCUGGUGCUGGCAGCAGAACCCCCGCCUGCGCCCCGCCUUCACCCAGAUCCUGGACAGCAUCAAGGAGGACGUGAGCAGCCGCUUCCUCCAGCACGCCUUCUUCUGCAGCGCCGAGAACAAGCGCCGCGGCUCCUGGGAGGGGUCCAAGACUGAGACGGACCAGCUGCUGGAGGCGGAGGAGGAGCUGCCGCCCCCCCCGGACCCCCUCCCUGGCAGCGGGCCCCUCCUGGCCCUCGGCCUUUGCAGAGACCUCGACCAGACCACGAAAAACUGCUGCCACGCGAACGGGAAGCCCCGGCUCUGAAGCCCCCGGGCUCCCAGGC